CACCAAAACGAUUAAAACUCAUGAGGGCGAAAUUUAGAGUUCAAUGCGGAAUCUGUACCAAUUUGGAGUGCUAAAGAAAUGCAGCACCGUGACACCAUUUGUCACAAUUUUAGGCACCUGGGAACUUCUGCGGUUUGCGACGAACACUGCGGCUGCCCUUCUCCUUGUUGCCCCUGGCUGUAUUGCUUGCAGGUGCGCUACGUACGGAAAAUACGGCCGAUGCAGAUGGACAUAUGCAGGCGAUGCAGCUGCGGAGAGUUCCUGCUCCAAUGCAGUAACUGCGGAGAGGAGCCUUAAUGAGAUCUGGAUUGGGACGUAUAAGGUACGAGUAAAACUUGCUGAAGACAGGUAUAGAAGAAAGAUAGGAUAUUGGAAAGCCUCUGUUGCAAACAAUGGCAAAGGGAAGGUGAGUAAUUUAGGCAGAUUGGUCCAACCGGGACAGUCCUAUGCUCAGGCUGUGGGUGUGGGAAAUAGAGCACAGGCAGAUGGGAGUAAUGCUCGCGAAAGAUCAGUCAGUGAAAAGGCAAAGGAGGAGUUGGUGGAUAAUGGAGAUAAGGCGGUAAGCCAGCAUGUGGACGAGACGGUGGGUCCUGAUGAUAGGAAUGCUGGUGCAGGACGAUUGGCAAAUGAGAACGAAGUACCAGUAAAGGGGCAGCUUAUUGAAUUUACCCCAGUACAGGAGGAGGUCCAGUGGCUAGAAGGGAGCAUGGUGGUUGUAGUGAAGGCAUUGGAAGACAUAACAGAUAUUCAGGACAGAAUGGAGGUAGAUGGUGGGUCGAUUAGCUUGCUACCAUUAGGAGGAAGACAAUUUUUGCUAGUUGAGCGUGUUCAAGGAUUCCUUUCAGAGUUUAGACAACACAAUAUGGACUUGUUUGAUCUGUGGUUUGAAUCAAUACAGCCAUGGACAGAGGCACCCUCAUCAAAUGGGCGAUUGAUCUGGUUACACAUUACCGGGGUCCCGCUGAAGGCCUGGAGUGUUAGAUGCUUUGAGAAGAUUGGUGAAUCAGUGGGGGAGGUGAUACGGCUCCAUGAAGACACGAGGAACAGAGCGAUACUGUCAGAGGGCAGAGUUCUAGUUGUAAGUCCAGAGGUUGGUAAGAUAUCAAAGUCCAUUACUUUAAAGGUGAAUGAACAACAAUUUGAGGUGGGAGUGGUUGAGGAAGAAUGGCGAACGGAUCCUGAUUGGUGGCUGUCGGACUGUGACCGGCGGCGCGAGGUGGUCUCGGAAACGGAAUAUUCGGCAAGCCAAAGCAGUGAUGCGAAUCAUGACUGGAUUAAUGCUGAGAUUUACGGAAUUGAGAGGGAUAGUUUUGAUGAUAUGCAAUCAAGGAAGGAAGGGUGUAACGCCGAGAUUCACGGCGGUGAGGUUGAUAGUAUUGAUGAUACGCAGUCCAGAACAGAAGGUUUUUUGAAUCUAAAAGAAGUGAGCGAAAACGAGGGAGAAAACCGUUGCAAUUUGAAAGGCAUGCUCAGGGCUCGGGUCAGUGAUGGUAACGGGUCACAUAUGGGUAUUGGGCCGGUGGUGGAGAAGCAAGGUGGGCUGGAGGAGUGCGAUGGGCUUGGAUCUAAAUCAAAUGGCACGGGUGGGUGCAGUAUAGGGAUUAAGUCAAACACUGAGAUUGGAAGCCAGCUAGCUGCUGUCCGUGAGGUGGGUAAAAAGGAAUUAACGGGUAAAACGCACAAGAAAUUAGAGGAAUGCUACCCGAACAAGCUACAAGAAAUCUGCACGAAUCAAGGGUCUUUGGUGACCGCCAGAACGAAGUAUCGACAAGGCAGACGAGGGGUGGUUCGAAAGGCUGAAUCGGAGACGAAGGAGCGGGUUGGCAGUGUCUCUAUCUCAGAUGGCUGUAUUGCGAACAGGAACCAGGUAAUUCGAAAAGAUUUGCUUUUGCAUGAGGUGAGGAAAAUAAUUAGAGUGGGGAAAGAGCUAGGUAUUGAACUUCAAGAUAAUGAAGAGGAGGUUGAGUCUAGGUUGUUAGUGUUGGAAGAAAGGGAUGAGGAGAAGGGGCGAGAGGAAACUAAGUUAGAGGAAGCAGAUGGUAGUCUUUGUAGAACGUUGUGGUAUUCAGAAGGCUUCGAUUGGGUCAUGAAGGGGUCAACAGGAGCUUCGGGAGGGGAAUGGGGUGUGAAGAAACUAAACUGUUCUUUUGUCAAUGUGUAUGCUCCGAAUGACAGAAGGAAGAAGGUGGAGAUGGGAAAAGGUUUACGACAAGGGGAUCCGCUAUCUCCGUUCCUUUUCUUGAUGAUUGGUGAAGGGUUACAUGGUCUGGUCAGUAAGGCAGAAACAGUAGGUAUGUUUCAUGGGAUCCCAAUUGGUACAAGGGGGUUGGAGGUGUCUUUACUCCAAUUUGCUGACGAUACAGUCAUUAUGGGAAGAGCUGAGAGUUCGAAUAUUUUUAUGGUGAAAUCUAUUUUGCGGUGGUUUGAGUUAAUGUCUGGACUGAAGAUUAAUUUUAGUAAAAGUAAUGUUUGUGGAUUUAAUGUGUUGGAGAGGUGGUUGAGAGGGGCAUCAAGAGUUUGGCAGUGUGGAGUUGGAAAAACACCUUUCACUUACUUAGGAAUGCCAGUUGGAGGUAAACCAGGGAGCAAGGAGUUUUGGGUUCCGGUUGUUAACAAGUUUCGUGCCAAGCUUGCUGUCUGGAAAUCCACUAUGUUGUCCGUUGGAGGCCGCAUUACUCUGCUCAACUCGAGGGGUUUUUUGUGGGGUGGGGCAGAAAUGAAGAGGAAGAUACCAUGGGUUAAUUGGGAGCUAGUUUGUUGUAGUAAGAUGAAGGGUGGUCUAGGAGUGCCGGAUCUACGUAGGAGAAAUUGGGCUGUACUUGGGAAAUGGUGGGCUAGAUUGGGUGAUGAAGGGGAGAAUUUAUGGCAACAGGUGGUUAGGGAGAAGUAUUAUGGAGGUAGGAAGGAGGUAGAUAUUACUGGAGUAGAAAGUGGACGAAUGUUUAAGAUUUGGAGUGAUGUUGUUAAAAUAGGAGGGAUGGCUGUGGGUUUAAGGAAUUUGUUGGUAAAUGGUUUUAAAUGGGAGGUAGGAGAUGGUAAACGAGUGGGGUUUUGGAGAACGAUCUGGGUUGGGGAUAAAUCGUUGCGGGAUUUAUUUCCUCGAUUAUAUGAGUUGGCUGUUAAGAAGGAGGGUCUAGUUAGUGAGAUGGGUGACUGGGAGGACGAUAGGUGGCGGUGGAACAUGGAGUGGAGACGGGAAAGGAAGGGUAGAGUGAGGGAUGAAGAAGAGGGCUUAUGGGAGCUGUUAGAGAGUGUCCAGUUGAAGAAAGACGAGGAGGACCACUGGUGGUGGAUACAUGGACCAGAUGGACAGUAUGUGGUGAAAACAGCUUAUGAGGCUUUGGCGCCUAUUAUGUCUUGAUAGACUCCCAACAAAGGUGAAUCUACAAA